AAUGAAAGGAUGCCAAGCUUUUGGAGUGACCCUUCUCGUGUCAUAUCUUGUUCUAGCCACCAGAGGAGAAGAUGUAAGAACUACAAAGAACAGGGAAAAUAUUGACCAGAUUCGACAAGUUAAUGAAACUAUUGUGACGGAUGUUGGAGAUGUCUAUGACUGCAUUGAUGUGAAUCUUCAACCAGCAUUUAACCAUCCAUUGUUGAAAGACCACAAAAUUCAGAUGGAGCCAAGUUCCUUUCCGAAUGGACUAAAUGUCAAGUCUCCAUUCCUACGUGUCGAAUCCGAAGCUCAUCUAUCUAUCAUUGAAUGCCCAAUUGGAACAAUUCCAAUACUUCGUAACAAUGGAAAUGAUCUUAUAGCAGGACACAAUAUUGAUGCAGCGUUUACCAAGUUUAAGCAACAAGGGGUGGCAGGAAUUAAAAAUUAUGAUAAUGUAUAUGGGGCACGAGCUACAAUAAAUGUUUAUGAGCCAAAAGUGAAGAAAGAUAGUAAAGACCUCAGUGCAACGGGGGUUCAAAUUGAUAAUGGGCCAAAUGGACUUGAAGGUAUAAUUGUUGGUUAUUCGGUAGCUCCAAACUUGGUUGGUGAUAGCUUCGCGAGGUUUCAUAUUGCUUGGGAUGACGGCGCAUCGAACAAGUCAUGCUAUGAUCACACAUGUCCUGGUUUCGUGCAAGUUAACCACAACUUUGCUCUUGGUGGAAGAUUACAACAUGUUUCAGUCUAUAAUGGGAAACAAUAUGUAAUUAAGAUCCUUAUUUUCAAGGACACAAAGACAAAUAAUUGGUGGGUAGCGUAUGGUGAAGCGAAUAUACCCAUCGGAUACUGGCCAAAUUCAUUAUUCACUUACCUUAGGGAUAAAGGUAAUUACACAUUAUGGGGUGGGCAUGUUUCGGGUCCGACGGCUUCAUCUGAUUCUCCGCAAAUGGGUAGUGGGCAUUUUGCCUCCGAAGGACAUGGCAAAGCAGCUUUCAUAAAAAGCAUCCAAAUUAUUGACGAGAAUAACAAGCUUGUUACUCCAAAUGAGAACAGAGUCGUUGUUGGCACUAGUGAUAUAACAAAAUACACUGUUGAUGGUUAUGGCAUUGAUAAGGAGGGCAUGCAUAUGUAUUAUGGUGGACCAGGUAAUUUCGUGUAA